AUGUCUUCUGAUACUACCUCCAGCAAGUACAAGAUAUUAACUGAUGACUAUUGCAAAUGGCAUGCUAAUUUAGUUGAUUUACCAAGUUUUCAGACAGAUAAAAUUCGUUCUAGAUUAUAUAAAGCAUAUAUGGAAGAGGCUGGACUCAAUCCUUGGAUAAAGUCUGAAACUUCUGAAUCCCCACAAAGCGAAAAUACUGAUAAUCAUAUCAUACAAGACAGUUCGAUAGAAACUCAGGCAAUGGUGCCAAACAAAAAUUGCCUUUAUCAGUAUGCCAUCAAACAUGAAAUAAAUCCCAAAGAAUUUUCAAUCAUUACAGAGACUAAGAAAAAUAGGUGGACCAUGAGAUGUUUUCAUGAGGAUUUGGAAAGAGAUAUAUGUUUCUAUCAUGGUGGAAUAGAAAGAAAAGAAGACUCUAGAAAAUAUUGUAAAUUUUUAACAGAUCGGGAGAGGCUGGUCAGUGAAGAGUUAUUAUGUCAAGGUAUACUAAAAAAUGGUUUGAGUACUGCAUGGCUCAAUGAUCUUAUGGAAGAAUGGGAAAAAAUCCAUGCUCAAUUCACACAGAUAUCUUUUGAGGAAAAGACUUUAUUUGUACCGUGG